AUGGGAUGUGCUUUAUUCGCUGUUCUGUACAUGAGGAUCCAGAUCGAGGAGCGAUCACUGCUGUUUGGUUGUCUGGGCUCUAUUCCUGGGAUGAUUCUCGGAUUCGCCUUCGUCGAUGAUGUGCUCGAUGGCGCACAGAAAAAGAUGCUGUUUGUUUCGAUAUGGUGUUCUUUCGCCAUAGCGCUUUACAUUUUGAAUACACAGAAGAAAAGAACAACUUACUCAACUAUUCCUGACUUCAAGCCCUGGAAAGCUCUGGUACUUGUGGCAACGGGAUUUAUUGGGGGUGAGUUAGAGGUAUGA